AUGCGGCGGUUGUUAGCUCUGCGACGCGGAGGCGGUUUCUUACAAUCACUGAAGAAAUCUCUGUUGAAGAACCGCGAUUUGCAGGAAGCCAAAAGGCUGCAUUCCGCGCUAAUAACAAGUGGCUGCUUCCAUCACACAAACUCCUUAGCUCCAUUUCUCGUCCAAUUCUACGCCGUCUCCGGCUCUCUCCGAGAAGCUCUACUCCUCUUCCACUCCCUCCCCCGCCUCCCCAGCCUCAACCUCGCCUGCAACGCCAUCCUCCGCGCCCACCUCCACGCCUCUCUCUUCUCUCAGGCCAUUCACUUCUUCAAUCACAUCGUUUCCACUCUUUCUUUUGUACCCGACAACUACACUUGCCCCCUCAUCUUCACCGCCUGCUCCUCGUUAUCCUCUCUCGAGGACGCCAGAAAUGUGCAUCGAUUGAUCUCCUCCGCCGCCGGAUUCCACCCCAAUGCGUACACCAAAUGCGCUCUCAUCGACAUGUUUGCUAAAUGCGGGAGCUUGGAGGAUGCCCGCAAGGUGUUCGAUGAAAUGCUGCACCGAGACAGGGAUUUGGCUUGUUGGACUGCUAUGAUAUGUGGGACUAUACGCCUCGGCCACGCGGACCGAGCUCUGUCACUGUUUACUGACAUGAUGAGGGCUGGCGGCGGCCUCCGCCCGGAUAUUCCUCUCGUGGCUGCUGUUCUCCCCGCGUGUGGGCGGCUGCAGGCCGCCCACACGGGGAUGGCUCUGCAGGGGCUUGCUCUCAAGAGUGGCUUCCAUGAUGACUUAUUUGUUGCUAAUGCUACUAUUGAUAUGUAUUGCAAGUUGGGGGAUACGGAACAGGCUCACACCGUGUUUCGCAGAAUGCUUUGCAGGGAUGAUGUUUCUUGGGGGACGUUGAUAGCUGGUUAUUCGUGUAAUGCGGAUUACCACUUCUGUAUUGAGGUCUACGCUCAGAUGAUGAGUUUGGGGAUUUUCCCGAGUGCGGUUGUGGUGGCAAGUGUUCUUCCUGCGAUUGGGAAACUGGGGUUGGCAGAAGACGGGAGAGGGAUGCACGGGUUGAUUUUGAAACGAGGCUUCGACUCUGAUGUUGUCGUUGGAAGUGCAUUGAUGGAAAUGUACUCUCGCUGUGGACUGAUGGGAGAAAUGCGGCUUCUCUUGAGUGUGUGGUCGGAUUGGGAUGUCAUGAUAUGGAACUCGGCAAUUAGUUCCGUUGAGGAUCAGGGUUUGGGUCUCAGCAUCUUUAGGAAGAUGUGGGAGUCUAAAUUCAAACCAAAUUCCAUCACUUUGAUGAGCAUUCUCCCAAUAUGUACUAAAAUGGGGGCACAUAAACAAGGAAAGGAGAUUCAUUGCUAUGCUAUUAGAAAUGGCCUUGACAUGGCUGUUUCAGUCUGCAAUUCAGUUGUUGAUAUGUACUGUAAAUGUGGAUUCCUGGGAGUCGGACAGAAUCUCUUUGAUAGGAUGGUGGAAAGGGAUAUCGUCUCAUACAAUACAAUCAUUUCUUCCUACGGAUUCCACGGGCAUGCCAAGCAAGCGCUGCUGCUCUUUGAUGAGAUGAAAUCUCUGGCAAUGAGGCCAAGUGGAGCAACUUUCGUGGGGCUCCUCUCCGCGUGCAGUCAUGCAGGGCUAGUGGAUGAGGGUCGCAGCCUCUAUCGUUCCAUGGUUGUUGACUAUGGCAUACAACCCAAUGUGGAACACUACUCGUGUAUGGUGGACCUUCUUGGCAGGGCAGGGCGGAUUGGUAAUGCGUGCGAUUUUAUCAGGGCGAUGCCUGAGGAACCAAAUGCUAGUGUUCUGGGGUGUUUGCUUGCUGCGUGUCGGCUCCACAACGUGGAUCUUAUUGGUGAAGAUAUUCUCGAAGAUAAACUGGAUGACUCUGGCUACCAUAUCCUUAUUUCGAACAUGUAUGCAUCGAGAAAGAGAUGGAGAGAUGCCUCGAGGGCUAGAGCUCUGAUAAAGGAGAAAGGAUUGAGAAAGAAACCGGGUAAGAGUUGGAUGCAGAUAGGUCACCACACUCAUGUAUUUGAUGCUGGAGAUGCUACACAUUUUGAGUUUGGGAUUAUACAAGAAACCUUGAAAAUAUUAUUCACAGAGAUGAGGAAAGGGUAUAAUUUUGAUAAUUUGUUUGCUUGUUGA